CCCAGGCUGGCGUCGGACACACAGAGAUCCGCCUGGCGCUGCCCCCCACCAGGACAAGGAAACCAGGCUCCCGGACCGUGUCACCCUGUGGACAGGCACCGUCCAGCAUUGUUAUUAUUACAGCAUUCUGAGCGCCCACUGCGAACCUGGCUCCCAGUUGCUGCCCAGCCAGGGGAACUCGAACUCACGCUCACCACUCGUGGUCAGGGAGGCGGAGACCCGUCAUCCCUUGGAUGGCACCGGGGAACGUCCAGGACGAGGGCUCUUUAAGACGGGGGAGGAGUUUCGCGAGGAGCGGAGCUGGAGCGGACCGGAAGUGCAAGACCAGGGCGGUCCUCAAACAGGAAGCGGAAGUGGUGGCGGCCGCACAGAUUCUAGGACCCGAGAUAGGCUGUAGGGUUUUGGGGGCAAACAGGCCGAGUUUGAGGCCGACUGUGAGACCCCGGGAGGAGGGAAGGCGAGUCGGGGACCGGGGAUGAGCGCCAAGGGCAAGAGACGCGUGGUGCUGCCCACGCGCCCUGCGCCUCCCACGGUGGAGCAGAUCCUGGAGGACGUGCGCGGGGCGCCCCCCCACGACCCCGUUUUCACCGCCCUGGCGCCGGAAGACCCCCCAGAUCCCUCCCCACGGACCGAGGACCCUGAGGCCAGGUACGAGCAGAUCUACCAACAGAGCCGAGCCUACGUGGCCAUGAACGAGAGGCUGCGGCAGGCGGGGGACACGCUGAGGCAGAAGUUCGAGGACCUUCGGCAGGCUGGGCAGAGGCUUGAAGAGGAUGUGAACCAGGUGACCUCAGCCACCUCCUAGAGCCGAGGCCACCGCUGAGGCGCUCUGUCCAAGGCCAGGCAUCUGGCUGACAACCAGAGGCUCUGGGUCAACAUCGGCCGCCCCAGCACUGGACUCGGGGCUCCCAGUGCCUCACUCGGCAGGCUUUGGGUCUUGGUUCCCUCUUCCAUCCUUGGUGGCCUCUAAUUCGGGGUGGAUCAGGGACAUGGCCACCUCCUCGUUCAUGGGGGCACCGGCCUGGAUUGCAUCUAGGACUUGGCUGGAGGUCGGGCUCAGAGCCAGCCUGCCCCACAGGGACCAGCCCUCAGCCACUGUGCCCUGGUCCCACCUCCUGCCCCAUGUCGCCCUGGGCAGCCAGGGUCUCCAUCCCCAACAUCCACCUGUAUUUCAGCGUCACCUCCGUUGAGAAGAUGGACGGACUGCCCCCUUCCUAGAGCCUGGCUGCGGCGGCCUUACCUGCUCCUGGUCCCAUCUCCCCAGGGCGGGAGGAAGUCAGCAAGGGGGUUUUCGCUCUGGGAAGUCCAGGGGUACUGGAAGGGCCCAAAGCGGGACGGUACAAGGAUCUCUGCAGGUCCCUGCAGCAUGCAAGCUCAGCUGGGCACCCAUAAGACGCCCGUGUGGGGGGCAUUGCCCCUUCUGGACCUGGGGUUCGGUUGACCGCUGAAGCCCACCGCUCUAGGGUGGGUGGGCUUUAUUUCUGGAACAUCGGAGUUUGGUUCUAGACCUCAGACCUCCCCGCAGUUGGACACUGGAUCACUGGGCCCAAGUCCAUGCCAGCCCCUUCACGCCUUAGGGGUCGGCCACCCCACAUGACUUCUCACAUCCCAAGCUGGCUGGGACUAUGUCAGAAAUGGCCUUGGCUUGUGGCCACCUUAUUGCUGCCGUUCCCCAUUCCUAGGAGUCACAGAGACAUUUAUUCUGGGUGGCCGGUGGCCGGUGUCCUAGAGCAAAUGGCCAGGUGUGGCUCGGCUGACCCUGAAUCAGCCUCGGCUCUAGCAUGUGUGGACCUGGUGCAGUGUCCAGUCGGCAGGGGGCUCAGGUCCGUGCACCAACACCUUGUGGGGUUGGACUGUAUCUCCAGUAGAAGGUUCUGGAACAACCUCCCCACUCCAAAGCCCAUGUUGAAGAUGAGAGCCUUGGGCAGCCCCAGAGCAACUCAGCGACUGAUUUUAUUAAAGAUGUGAACAAGAACCAGAA